AUGCACUCGCGUCGACCCGAAACCUUGAAGAUUGACAUCUCCAAGUAUAGGGGAGUCGAAGAGGACUCCCUCUUGAGAUGGUUCGUCGAAUUAGACGACGCCAUAAGGGCGCGUCGCAUCGACGACGGGGACAUGCAAGUUGCAUUUGCCCAGUCAAAUCUGGCAGGACGUGCCAAGACUUGGGCACUGGGGCUCAAGUUGCACGACCCAUAUGCGUUUGGGUCGUUGGAAGUCUUCAAGUCGCGGCUCAGACAAACGUUUGAACCGCCUAGAGCUGAGUUCAAAGAUCGAACCGAACUCUUGAAGCUCAAGCAGGGUAAGCGUGAUGUGCACGCUUACGCGCAACAUAUACGACAUCUCACGAGUUGUAUAAGUUCCAAUCCGGUGGAUGAACACACGUUGGUUUCGGUGUUCAUGCAGGGUCUUGCGGAUGGUCUCGUCAAGACUCACCUGUUCCGGCUUGAACUAGAUUCACUAGAACAAGCCAUUUCCAUUGCGGAGCAGGAAGACUUCAGUCUAAGACAGGCUCGCGCCACUCGACAUCAUAUCGUCAACCGAGACGAUAUGACAGCGGAGGUCCAGAGCCGAUGGAACUCUGUUAUGUAG